CGACCCGCUCUGGCUCGCGGCCGCGGACGCGGCGUCGGCCCUGGCCGACGAGCACGAGCGCGACCAGGCCGCGGCGGCGGCGCGCCGCCGGGCGGCCGCGGACGCUGCGCAGCGCGAGCGGGGCGCCUUCGCGGGCCUCGCGCCGGACUUCAAGCCCGCGUGCCAUUCCCAUACCAUCGUCGACGGGCGCUUCGUGCGCAUGGAGGCGACGACGCCGGCCAAGGUCCGCGACGCGCCGACGCCGCGCCGCGCGCCGCCGCAAAUCCCGCGCCUCGGCCCGCCGCGGCCCCGCUACGACCCCCGGACGAUGAUGCCGCUCGCGUCGCCGGCGCCGCGCCGCGUCGAUCCGCGCACGAUGCUUCCCCUGGCGGCCGCGCCGCCUCCAACGCCGCGCCGCCUGGUGCCGCCGACGCCGCGGCGCGUGGUUCCGCCGACGCCGCGCCGCCUGGUACCUCCGACGCCACGCCCGCGCGCGACGCUCCCCCUGGCCGCGCCGCCGCGGCCGACGGCGCCACCUGCGCCCCCGGCGCCGGUCGAGCCGGGGCGCGACGCGGCCGCGGCCGCGGCCUGGUCCGCGCUCGCGGCCGAGAACGACCACCUCCGCCGCGAGAACGACACGCUCCGCGGCGAGGUCGACGACCUGCGGCGCGCGGCGCAACCCGGCGGCGUGUCCUGUCUGCUCGCCGCCGCCGACGAGAUGGACGACGGCGUGUCGACGGCGGCUCUGACGCCGGCGGACCGCGUCAUCUCCAUCACGCGGCCGGCCGAGACGCCGUCGUCGAUCAGCGACUGCCUGACGCCGACGCAGACGCAAUCGCAGACGCCCGGCGGCUUCAGCGGCGGGAGCGCGCCGGGGCGCAUGGAGCGGCGGGUCGACGGCGACGAGGUGACUCCAGCGUGGCGGAGCCGCUCCGGCGAGCGCGCCGAGACGCAGGAGGAGACCUGCUCCGUCGACGCCGUCAUGGACAUGCCGCCGCCGGGCUACCGCAUCGCCGACUCGCCCGUCGCGCCGGCGCCGUCCCAAAAGAAGAAGAAGAAAAAGAAGGCAAAGCGCCGCCGGCCGCCGGACGAGGCGCGCCGCGCGUCGUCGGCGUCGGAUCCGGUGAAGCGCCCGCGCCGGUCCUGUACCGAGUCCUCCUGGGGCGCCAAGCCGGACUACGGCUGCGCCGCGUACGACGACAGAGUCGAUGCGGCGGUCCGCGCGGGCGCGGUCCUGUUCCCCAAGCGGUCGUGGUAGGCCUCCCCGAUCGUCCCUUCCCCUAUAAGCACUCGGCUUUCGA